UUCCUCUUUCCUGCUAGUCCCUUCUGCCACAUGGACCCAGAGAAUAAAACACAAAUUUCAGAAUUUCUCCUCCUGGGCUUGUCAGAGGACCCUGAGUUGCAGCCCCUCCUUUUUGGGCUCUUUCUCGCCAUGUACCUGCUCACUGUGUGGGGAAAUUUGCUCCUCAUCCUGGCUGUCAGCUCAGACUCUCACCUCCACACCCCCAUGUACUUCUUCCUCUCCAACCUGUCCUUGGUGGACAUCUGUUUCACCUCCACCACCGUCCCCAAGAUGCUGCACGACAUCUGGACCCAGAACAAAGCCAUCACCUAUGCGGGCUGCAUCACACAGGUGUACUUUCUUAUCCUCUUUGCGGUAGCAGACAACUUCCUUUUGACCGUGAUGGCGUAUGACCGUUAUGUGGCCAUCUGUCACCCCCUGCACUACACAGUCAUCAUGAAUCCCCGGCUCUGUGGACUGCUGGUUCUGGGGUGCUGGGUUGUAAAUGCCCUGUAUUCUUUGCUACAGACUUUAAUGGUGUUGCGAUUAUCUUUCUGUGCCAAUGUACAAAUCCCCCAAUUUUUCUGUGAACUCAACCAGUUGUUCCAACUGGCCUGUUCUGACAUCUUUUUCAAUGACCUGGUGUUAUACUCUGGAAUUGUGCUGUUAGCUGGAGGUCCCUUCACUGGAAUCCUCUACUCUUACUCUAAGAUUGUCUCGUCCAUAUUGAGAAUCUCCUCAGCUCAAGGGAAGUCUAAAGCCUUUUCCACCUGUGCCUCUCACCUCUCUGUGGUCUCCUUAUUUUACUGCACAGUCCUAGGAGUUUACCUGAGCUCUGCUGCUCCCCACAGCUCACACUCAAGUGCUGUAGCCUCAGUGUUGUACACCGUGGUCACCCCCAUGCUGAACCCCUUCAUCUACAGCCUCAGGAACAAGGACAUCAAGGGAGCUCUGAGAAGAGUCUUGGGAAAGGAAACUAUCAGGUGA